UUAUAUAAACCCCUCCAAACCAACCCCCUCUUUCUCAGAGCCUCCUUACCAACUCCUCCUCGCUCUCUCUCGCUCUCCUGUCUCUUGUUUUCUCUCUCAAGAAUUUCACUUUCAGCUUUCACCAAAAAGGAGAGUAAGAGAGAGAGACAACAAUGGCUCUGACAAACCCAGCAACCCUGUCUUCAAAAUCACUCUGCAAUACUCACUCUCUCUCCCCUCCUACCCCCCAAUCUCACCAACCCAUUUUCUCUCCAUUCCUCACCAAGAGAAAGACCCUCCACCCAAUCUGCGCCGCCGCCGCCGCCGACUCCGGCAAGGCCCCUGUCGUGGCCGAAAAGCCUCCCAAGGCCUCGACUGAGGUGAAGCCAGUUUCCGGCAAAUGGAGCUUGGAGAGCUGGAAAACCAAGAAGGCCUUGCAGCUCCCGGAGUACCCAGAUCAGAAUGCGCUCGAGACUGUGCUCCAGACCAUCGAGUCUUUUCCUCCGAUUGUGUUUGCUGGAGAGGCCAGGCACUUGGAGGAGAAGCUGGCUGAGGCUGCCUUGGGCAAUGCUUUUCUUUUGCAAGGUGGAGAUUGUGCUGAGAGUUUCAAGGAGUUCAGUGCCAACAACAUCAGGGACACCUUCAGAGUUAUGCUUCAGAUGGGUGUUGUUCUCAUGUUUGGAGGCCAAAUGCCUGUUAUCAAGGUGGGAAGAAUGGCGGGUCAAUUUGCAAAGCCGAGAUCGGAGGCAUAUGAGGUGAAGGAUGGAGUGAAGUUGCCAAGUUACAAAGGGGACAAUAUAAAUGGUGAUGCUUUUGAUGAGAAAUCUAGAAAUCCAGAUCCUCAGAGGUUGAUAAGGGCUUAUUGCCAAUCUGCGGCUACUUUGAAUCUUCUUAGGUCCUUUGCCACCGGAGGGUAUGCGGCUAUGCAGAGGGUUACACAAUGGAAUCUUGAUUUUGCUCAGAACAGCGAGCAGGGAGAUAGGUACCAGGAACUGGCUAGCCGGGUCGAUGAGGCCUUAGGGUUCAUGACUGCUGCUGGGCUUACAAUUGAACACCCCAUCAUGACAACAACUGAUUUCUGGACAUCCCAUGAGUGUUUGCAUCUGCCCUAUGAGCAAUCACUCACAAGGAAGGAUUCUACUUCUGGUUUGUACUAUGAUUGCUCUGCUCACAUGCUUUGGGUUGGGGAGCGUACCAGGCAACUGGAUGGUGCCCAUGUAGAGUUCCUAAGAGGACUUGCCAAUCCCCUUGGCAUCAAGGUGAGCAACAAAAUGGACCCAAAAGAGCUUGUUAACAUCAUCGAAAUCCUGAACCCUAGUAACAAGCCAGGAAGGAUCACAAUCAUUGCAAGAAUGGGUGCUGAGAACAUGAGAGUCAAGCUUCCUCAUUUGAUUAGGGCCGUCCGCCAAGCAGGGCAAAUUGUGACCUGGGUCUGUGAUCCAAUGCACGGAAACACCAUAAAGGCACCUUGUGGACUUAAAACACGUCCAUUUGAUUCAAUUCUGGCUGAGGUGCGAGCAUUCUUUGAUGUGCACGAACAAGAAGGUAGCCAUCCUGGAGGAAUUCAUUUGGAGAUGACUGGCCAGAAUGUGACAGAGUGCAUUGGAGGGUCUCGAACAGUGACUUUCGAUGAUCUGAGCUCACGUUACCACACACACUGCGACCCGAGGCUUAAUGCUUCUCAGGCUCUUGAGCUAUCCUUUAUCAUCGCAGAACGACUUAGGAAGAGAAGGAUUGGAACUCAACGGUCACUCUCUUUAGGCCUCUAAACAACUUCGAAAGUCCUGCAUCAUUUCAAAUGAUUGUUUGUACUUGGUAGAAAAUAAAGUUCGUAUGGGUUAUCCAGCAAACUGCAUAUUGCAGCCAUCACAUUGCUCCACCUGCAGGCUUGUGAUAGUGUCAAACAAUCAAGAGCAACUACAAAAUUCCUGAGAAAGAGAAUCUAGUAAGGCCUCAGAUUGCAGGCUGCAAAAGCAAGAUGCUGGAGAUAAAAGCUUGUAAAAUUUUUAUAAUUUAAUUUGUAUUUGGAUUUGAGUUUGUUUUAUUUAUGGAUGUAGUUUGAUCAGAUAUCCCUCGAAAUUUUUGUAAGAAUAAAAGCAAAAGCCUUUGAUUAUGGUAAAUCAAAGUGGACGAAGAGGAAUA